CUGUUUGACGAUGAUUUUACGGCAGCUUGACCCACCUGGCUAUGGGGGCCUGGUUCAAACCAGUUCUGACCGGUGCUGUUGUGAUCGUGCUCGUGGUGGCUGCCGCCCUUUUCGUCGUCGCCACGCUGGUGGAAGGACGUCAACCAACGGCAAGUGUCGGUUCCUUUAAAUCUGUGCUGUCAAGAAAGACAUACCGCCCUAUCGCUAUCGACAUCAAGGUAGCCAGGCAAUAGCCAAGACGGGACCACAAGGAGAUUGAGACGCCCAUUCUUGUUUUACGUGUAGCUCGUCUUUAAUCAAUAGUAAACAUCUUGACUUCCACAUGGUGUGAGAACCGGGAUCAUGCAAGAACUAGAAGAGAAAGACUAAAAGAAGCCACGGCAACAAAAAGCAGCAGCUGUCAACGGAGGCAGCAGAAAGAAAGACAAGAAAAGUAAGCACGCCGUCACUGAUCUCCGAAGACAAUGGCAGAAGGCGGUCUGAGAGCCCCAAAGCCGCUUUACAUGUCAGCGAUGUCACCCAACACUUGGGAUGACUGGCUAGAAAGUUACGAAUGGUACGCAACAGCAAUGCAACUUCAUAAGAAACCACCCGAAGUGCAAGUUGCAAACUUCAUGACAGUCAUCGGACCGGACGCACGGAACGCGUUCCGCACACUCUCGUUGAGUGCAGAAGACAAGAAAAACUUGGACAAGGAAAGAAUGAAAGAGCACUUCACCCCUAAGCUAAACCACGCGUAUGAACGCUAGAGGUUUAACCAGAUGAAACAAAAAGAAGGGGAAAGCUUCACAGAAUUCUUGACGGCAAUGACACUGCAAGCAAAGAAGUGUAAGUUCGGAGACCUUAAUGACAAGCUACAAAGAGAUCGUAUAAUCGUCGGCAUCGCAAAUGAUGACGUGCGCGAGAAACUGCUUAGUGACCCCGCAGUUGACCUGCAAAAGGCGAUCAGGCAUUCCGUUGGUAGGCGUUGCCAUUUUGCAAGUCGGCUUCACCUAACUCCUAGGUGCAUUGCGGGAAAGCCAACUUUAGGAAACGCUCAGUGUUGCUAGACUGCUUGUUUCUCUUCCUCUAAAUUUAGCGGAACAUUUUGUAAUACGUCAAGUUUGCUGUGGGGAAGCCGACUUUGCAACAGUGUUGACUGCACCUUUGUUUUCCUUUUAAUAGCAAGUCGAAUGCUAUUGUGCUGGGCUUUCCUUCUUAUUUUCUCUUUGUUCUAAUAAAUAUCUCCCCCUUUCUCGUG